GGUGCACAUGUGCGGAAUAGGCGCAGAUGCAGAAUGGAAGGGACUGAUGCCUGUGAGAGAGGACAGAGAGCAGGCUCCCUGUAUAAUCAGUGGGGUAGAUUGGAAGGUGGCCUUGUGGAGGCGGUGGAGGAAAAGGUAUGUGGAGAAAGUAAGCAAACUCGGUGACGGGUCAUAACUGGUCACCGGCCAGGAUGAAAUUUGACAACCGGCUUUCAUGGCCCCCCUCCAUUCUACCCGACUCUGCACACCACACCAUGUCAUACUACGUCCAAAGCACCCCUCGUCAUCGCUCUCAUUCCCUUUCCGCCUACCCCUCCCCCAUGCCCACCUAUAGCACCUCUCCAUAUGGCCACAAUACUACUGGCCAAUAUUAUCAUCCUCCAACCCCCGGGGGGUACGCUGCAUAUGGCGGCGGCACCCCUCAACGCUACAACUCUGUCGGUGGCAGUUAUCGGGGAGCGUCCUAUGCUGUCCCAAGCACAACUCACCACAUACCCACUUCCCAUACUCGUUCUGCCCACGGGCCCGCGUACUACGUAGCUCCAUCCACCCACCAUCAUAGUACACAUCGUGGCAGACACCACAGCCAUCGCCGCUCACAGAGCACGUCUUCACACAGACGUCACGCUACUCCUGUCUAUGCUGACAGUGGCCGGCAUCACAACUACCACCAUUCAUCUUCCAAGCAUUAUCGCCCCCACAUCUCCCUCGCGGACCGAAUUCGUAACUUUUUUGGCAUCGGCCAUCACAGUAACCACCGCUCCCAUUCUCGUACGCGUUUUACCGAUGCUCGCACAGGGCGAGAGGUCGACACGCGCGGCAGACCUAUCAUCGCGUACUAGACGGCUGUCUGGACCGUGAUUGUAUUGAUUACUCGAUAUCUAUGUCGUGGAAGAAGAUCAAAUUUUGCGCUCGCGUAUGCACGCGACGAGGUGUAGCGUCAGACAGAAAUUUCUGUCACCCUUUCCAUCCUCCAUUCGUUCAGCAAAACUUCAUGUAGCCCCGGACCACUCUUGCUGACCCAUUCGCGAUGUCUCCCUGUCAACCCCUAUCCCACUCCAUUCACGUCUUCUUGGCAUCCUCUUACCCCAUUCAACAACUUCGAUUCCCAUCCGUCGCGGCUCUGGACCCGACGAAUCCGCGCGGCCGACGAAGAGGGGCUACGGAAAAGGCAGUUGAUACGUCUUGGUUCCGUUUACGAGAGACGAAGUUUAAUCUCCAGCGACAUGUCGCCAUCAGUGGUUCACGCUAUUUUUUACGCCACCGCGUGUGGCAUGUUGCGUGCCUUUAAGAUCUACCCACGAACCACAUUUUACCGUCGGCUGAUAUGUCCACUGCAGAUGGUUGUCGAUUAUCUUAAUUAUCUAUCAUACGAUACGACUGCAGACUCUGUAUUUUUAGUUAGCCAGACUGCUGAUUAACAUUGUUGUCAGCCAUGUGUUCAGUUUUUAAUUGAGUUAUUCCAUCGACUUGAUAAUUAUUUAAUGCGCAUUUGUCUUCGUAUUCUGAAGUUGGGAUAUCAUGCAUCUUUGGGCUUGCACAUGGAUGCUGUCUCGCAUC